CUUGUGGAUGUGUAAAGUGAACCAUCAACAUUUGAAUGAUAUGACACAACUUCUAACCAAGUCAUUUCAAACCUUUUCUAAGUUUCCAUUGCCAACUGAACAGAAUACAAGUUCCUUGCUGUUAAACAGUGUCCAUCUAGCUCCCCGUCUUUAUAAAUUACAACUUUGAAGAAUAAAAGGCCCCAAAAAAUACACAAUGUUUAUUCUGUGCGUCAUAGUGUACGUACCAUAGCUCCUCCUCUGCUUAUAUAAACAACCAGGAAAUGCCUCUACUUUCUUUUCAAUUUCACUAAGCGUGGAGGUAGAUGUGUCAUCUCAGAACUGAACAUGUUUUUGUUUGAAGUGGGUUUUUUGGUUGCUGUCUUGAAAGUCUAUCCAACCUACGCUGUCGAGAAUCAAGCAUGUACUUCGGUGGAAAUUGAUUGUGGAAAAUUGAAGACCAGUGAUGGUAGAUACAUGUAUCUAUACAACAUGUCAGGUGUAUCUGACAUUGCGGUGUACAACAUUACAGGGACUGCCAUUGCCAACAGUGGAGGGGACAAGCCAAUGGAAUUUGAUAAGAAUGAGGUGGUAACGAUGAACAACAGUUCAAUCACCCUCUAUAAAUGCCAACAUCUGACAAUGAACAUAAUUUACAUUGAUUCUACACAGCAGAAGACUGGAACUGAGUCUAAUGGUAAAGAUCCCCCAGUUAAGGAGAGAUGUUCCCAUUACAUUGUCACAGAGAUGAAGAAUGAGGUUGUGACAACUGCACCUUUGAAUUCAACCAUCAUCCCAGAUGGAGACCAUCCUGAUACACACCGCGGUGACACUAGCUUGAUCUGGAUAAUCUUUGUAGCUCUCGCGCUGGUCAUUGCUGGUUUGCCCUUAGUGUUUUGUUGUAUGUACAAACAUUGGAGAGACAAACAGUGCAACCAAUGCCACAGAGACAUGGAAGCGGGUCAGGGCAUUCCAGAACCAAAUUCCAUUCCUCUGAUGCAGAAUGAGCAACGUGAUGCCAGUGACCAAGGAGGUGAGCCAGGAGAGGAGAGCAGGCAGCCCAUGGACAAUGAAGAGACAGGAGCUGACAACCCUCUGCUGAAUGGAGAUGCCAGUGGCCAAGGAGAGGAAGCUGUUCGAGGAAUGGAGGAUGGAAAGCUGUCAGACAAUGACCGAGCAGACACUGAAACCUGUCAGAAGACACAUGCUGAUUCCCAUCCACUGAAUGUACCCAAGGUUGUCAGGGUUAACAGCCAGACUGAUUACACACAGCUUCUUGGUCAACCUCAGAGCAAUGGACACGUGCCAUAUAGAAGGGAAUCACACCUGACCAAUGGGGCUCCAGGUCAGGGUGCUGGUGAGACUUCACCCCUCCUCUGCAGCCCAGGAGAGGAAGGCGUGCUAGAAGGGCAGGACAGGAAGUCAGCAGACAGUGGGGGAACAGAUCCUGACUCCUGUCAGAAGACACAUGCUGAACCCCCUCUAGUGAAUGGACACCAUGAUGUCAGGGUUAACGAUGAGACUAAGGAAGCGACUCCUGGUGCACAGAGUCCAGGACCUCCUCAGAUGAAUGGAGGACCUCCCAUGUCUGACAGAGCUGCAGAGGAAACCACUGCUCUAUUGGACAAACAGGCCUUGGACAAGGACCAAGUCACCAAACCUCAUGAGUUAAUAGACAAAGGACCUAAUGACAUGGAGUCAAGAAGAGGAGAACUGUAACAAACGGUGGACGUUUGUAUAACAAAAGAGAACCUAAUAAAAUAUUAUAAGACACAGUAAUACUGUAUAUAAUAUACAUAUUACAAGAUACACAUAUGUGACUUGCUUCAUCAUAAUCAGUCAUUUCAACCCCAAGGCACAUUCUGACCAGUGUGUUUUACUGAUUUUCUAUAAUCUAAACAGUUUAUUAAGUUAAUUGUCUAUGCGACAGCUGUGACCUGGAUAAGUUAGGAAAUGUGUUUUAGUGAUAUCAGUUGAAAUUCCAAAACGGACCAAGACUUUUAGAUAAUAAUAAUUUAGAUGAGUUAUCUACAUGUUUAAUUACUAUUAUCUGAAAAUGAGUGUGCGGCAUAUGACUGAUUAUGAUACAACAAGUCACAUAUUAGCUAUACAACAUUAUAUAUCAAAUUAUAUGAAAGUAUGAUAAGAUCAUACACUAGUACUGUAUACUAUACAUACAAGCAAUAUUAUAUAUAUAUAUAUAUAUAACAUACACGUGAAAAGAUGCUUAAAACGUUAACCUCUCUAGUACAUAUCCAAGGUCAUGAGGUCUCAAUGUCUUAUGGAAAAGUCGAAUAGCUAAACAGUGACUAGACGUUAUUUAGAGUAGGCCUCAUUAUCACAGGGCCCAGUCUAAGAAGCUCUAUUUUACCAAAGCAAUUAUUCAUUAUUUCUGAAUUGAGAGUUAGCAUGUCAGUUAAAAUAACUUUUAACAUUACUUUUGAACAUCCCAUUUAACACACACAUGUAAUCCUACUUUCAGUAAAGAACAUUGAUGUUCCAUUUUAGACUCUAGAUGAUAUUACAUCAGACUUAUUUAAAUCACUGUAUUCAUAGGAAAUCAUGAUUGAUCAGUUCAAACAGGAAACACUUCAUAUGGAUGUUCUCUUUAUAAUGCAUUAUAGGAGCAUUAAUAACACCUUCUAUGCAUAAUGCAUCAGGAUGCACAACAUAGGUGCUAAUAACUGUUCAUGAACAUCUGGAACUGCAUAAAGCAUUAUCACCGAGAUGUGUAAUGCCUUAUGAAGCAAAGUAUUACUAUGCCAAAUGCCACAUUAGGAUCGUUAUAUUAUACAUUAUGUGCUCAUUAAGCUAAAAAGUUGUAAGUAAUUGCAAAGUUGCUAAUUAGCGAAAAUGCUAAAAUAUCCCGUGAUGAUAUUCGAACACGCAACCUUUGGGUUGUUAGAUGCUCACGUUAUAAUUCCACCCAUCCGAAACCAAAGCAUGGAUUACUGUCUGAGCUUGUCCAUAGACUGCUUACACCUUAAAGAAAGCAAAUUAUAUUUUGUAAUUUGGGUGAACUAUCCCUUUAACAGGAGUGCGGAACUCCUACGUGAAGUCGUUACUGUAUAGCCAUCUGACGCAAUUUCCUGAAGAGCAUUUCAUGAGGUCAUACCACUUAGCUUCAUAAUCACAAGGCAUUAUGCUGCCUGCUUAAAAUGUUGUAGGAAUAUAGACAUGUAUUAGCCAUUGGUGCCUAUGUCAUGCAUUAUGAUGUAUAAUGCAUAGAUUAUAAGGUGUUAUAAAUACACUUAUAACACAUUAUGAAGAGGGUAUUCAUUUUAAGUGUUACCUGCAGUUCUUGCGGAAGGAACUGUACCCCACAUCCCCACCUACUAGUGACAUUGUGAAAAAUACCACAACUUUAGACAGGAAUUAUGGAGCUAUGUUGACAUUUAUGUUCACCGUUUCAUUAGAAUGUUUAUUUCAGUCAGUGUCUCUGUCAGGUCAAAUGACUUAGACGAAUGACAUACCCACAUACAGUACACUGACACCUUAUAACCUUCGUGUCAGAAAAGGUUCAUUUUCUUCCUCUUUUGAUUAUGUUAAUUUGACUUAUUUGUAAUGUAUUUCAUGUCAUGUAUGUGGGUUGGUCCCAUACUGUUAUGAAUGGUUUUCACCUGAUGCUUUUAUGGUUAGUUACCUUACACAUGUAUUUAGUUUUAUUUAUUACUUUUUCAUGACCAAUUUACACUCAGUGUACAAAACAUUAAGAACAUGACAGACUGACCAGGUGAAUCCAGGCGAAAGCUAUGAUCUCUAAUUGAUGUCACUUGUUAAAUCCACUUCAAUCAGUGUAGAUGAAGGGGAGGAGACAGGUUAAAUACGUUUUUUUCUAAGCCUUGAGACAUGUAUUGUGUAUGUGGGCCAUUCAGAGGGUGAAUGGGAUGACAAAAAGGUUUAACUGCCUUUGAAUGGGUAGUAUGUGCCAGGCUCACUGGUUUGAGUGUGUCAAGAACUGCAACGCUGCUGGACUUUUCACUCUCAACAGUUUCCCAUGUGUAUCAAGAAUGGUCCACCACCCAAAGGACAUCCAGCCAACUUGACACAACUCUGGAAAGCUUUGGUUUCGACAUGGGCCAGCAUCCCUGUGGUACGCUUUCGACACCUUGUAGUGUCCAUCCCUUGACCAAUUCAGGCUGUUCUGAGGGCGAAAGCGGAUGUAACUCAAUAUUAGGAAGGUGUUCCUAAUGUUUGUACACUCAGUGUAUAGUACUAUGUAUUUUGACUGUUGGAUUGAUAUGAUCUGCUCAUACAUUGCCAUACAAGUGAGUGAGUUAAGACUAUUGUUUCAUGAACGACUCAGGUCUGAUGGAUACAAUUGUCCCUCAUACUCUUGUAUUAUUUGUAUGAACAAACCUCCACAUUAUUGUCAUAUCUACUAUUUAGGAAGGCUAUUCUGCAGAGUUUUGUGUAUGGUCACAACUUGUUUUAUUUAAUACAUGAACAUUUGAGUAAUUUAGCAGAUGCUCUUAUGCAGAGUGUCUUACAGGAGCAAUUCAAGUUUAGUGCCUUGCUCAAAGGUACCUUGACAGACCUAGUCGGCUCGGGGAUUCAAACCAGUGACUUUUCAGUGACUGGUACAAUGCUUAUUAAUAUUAUGAUGAGUUGCUUUCCUUGUAUCAUUAAAACAUUCCUUUCCA